CUUCCAUACAAAAUUUUCUCUCGUUUUCUCUCCCAUUUUCCCUCCUCCCCCUUUUAUAUAAAACGCACCUCAUUCCUCUUAUAAAAAUCCCAUUUCAUUUACAACCUCUCUCUCCCACCCCCCCCCCCCUCCCCCCAAAAUUUGUUUAUUCUUUCAUUAUUCGUUUGUUUUUUUCUCUCUUUUUUUUUAGUUUUUUCCCUUUUUAAUCCAUUUGCUUUCCUUCCCCUGUAAUUCAAAUAUCAGCCUGGAAAAAUUUUGAAGAUCCCGGAUGAAAUCUGGUCGGAUCUUGCUUCGUUGGAUGUGGAUUUCAUUACAAAGCUGCUUUUCUUCUUCACUUUUCCUAUAGGAAAAUCACAACCUAUUCUCCUCGUUCUCUGCUCUUCUGCUUCCCCUAUUUGCUCUGUUUUUUGCUGGAUUUUGGGAUCUUGAAUUGGAGCAAUGGGCAUGGCCGCAGAGUCGCAGUUCCAUAUUUUGGCUGUUGAUGAUAGCAUCAUAGACAGAAAGUUCAUUGAGAGACUCCUCAAGACCUCAUCAUAUCAAGUUACCACUGUGGAUUCUGGUAGCAAAGCUUUAGAAUUUCUGGGCUUGUAUGAGGAUCACCAGAACAACCCAAAGCCGCCUUCUGUUUCUCUGAACAACCAUCAGGAAGUGGAAGUAAAUCUUAUCAUUACAGAUUACUGCAUGCCUGGAAUGACAGGCUAUGAUUUGCUCAAGAAAAUCAAGGAAUCUUCUUCUCUGAGAAACAUACCAGUAGUGAUUAUGUCAUCCGAGAAUGUUCCUUCAAGAAUCAGCAGAUGUUUGGAAGAAGGAGCUGAAGAAUUCUUCCUCAAGCCAGUGCAAUUAUCAGAUGUGAAUAGACUUAAACCCCAUAUGAUGAAAUCCAGACACAGGGAUCAAGAACAAGAAGUAAAACAAGAACAAAAAUCUGAGAACACGGAGCCUCAAUCACAGCAGCAGCAGCCGCCGGCUCCGGCGCCACCACACCUGCAUUCGCCGCAGCCACCACUGCCUAAUAAUAAUAACAAGAGGAAGGCCAUGGAAGAAGGGCUUUCGCCAGAUAGAACAAGACCCCGAUACAGUGGCCUCACAAUGGUCUGAUCCAAUCCAUAUUGAAAAUUUAUUUUCUUUUAAUCUGAACAUUGAAAUGAUCUUCUAUUUUUUUAGCUUUUCUUUAAUGGUAGCUGAUAGAGGCUGUAGAGGUUGUAGAUCGAGAGACAUGUUGUACAUGAAAAUAUUUCAAUCCAAUUUUGUUUGGUUGGCUGGAAAGAAAAGGCACCAUACGAAAGGAAAAGGAAAGAAGAAAAGAAGCUGUAUUCGAAAUGAUGACUGGGUGUGCUGUGUGUAGAAGAAAGGAAUUGAGGGUUUUGGCUAAAAAUCUAACAUAGUGGAGAUUUACUUCUCUCCUUUUUUUCUUUCUUUCA